AUGGAGAUGCUCUCGCACGAGGCUCGGCGGGCGACCUUUGACGACGAAGGCGCCUCCGCAAGGGCCGGUUCUCGAGCUGCUGGCGGUACGAGCAAGCGCAAAGGAGCGACGGGGAGCUCGGCAGCCUUGACGUGGCCUCACACCGGCAAGUCUAAAUAUCCAAGCCCUUCACAACUAGCAGCAGCCGGCUUUCACUUUUCCCCAACCCACUCUUCACCCGAUCGUUGUUUGCACAUCUUUUGCGAAGCGGCGGUGGAGGAUUGGAAGGAUGGAGAGGAGGCGUCGGAUAGGUUGAUGGAGAUGAUGGCGGACUGUCCUUUUGCGAAGAUCGUCCUGAGCGCGCGAGCAGCUGACAAGGGCAACAAGCUGUGGAGGGAGAGCGAGGAGAAUGUAGAAUUGCUGCCCAGCUCGAACGAGAUGUACGAAGCGAGAAAGGCUACAUUCGGAGAUGCCUGGCCGCACGAUGGCAAGAGGGGAUGGAAACCGACCAGUGCAAAAGUGAGCAAUGAGAAAGGAUCGGUAGCGUGUCUGCCGCUUCGCACGCGUCGACUGACACGCAUGCAAAUGUGGUAACUGUCGCGCCUUCUCCUCAUAGCUAGCGAAGGCGGGCUUUCACUUCACACCGGCUCCUGAUGAGGAAGAUGAAGCAGAUCGGGCAACCUGCAUCUACUGUGACAGGGCGCUAGGAGGUUGGGAAAAGGCUGACGAUCCAAUGUGAGUUAUGCUUUGCGGACACUCCUACGACCCUUGCUGAUUGAUGUGAGCCCGCUGCGAAUACGCCUAUGCAUUCACAGUGAAGAGCAUCGGCGACGAGAACCAGAAUGUCCCUACUUUACUGCGACCCUGCAUCCUGUCGAUACGUUAGAAGUCGAUGUUGCCACAGAGAGCGCUUCCAGACGAAAGGUCGCAGCAAGCAAGAAGACGACGCGCUCCGAUCAGGUUGAGGAGGAUGUCAUCGCGAAUGCCGACACAGUCGAGUCUGCUGUGGACACAGGUUCAGAGGUACCAAGGUAAGUCGAGCGAUGAACAGAUUCCGUGCGCGGAUCUGACUCAACAUUUACCCUUCCAUCGCGCACACAGGAGGCGCACGGGGCGCAAAAAGACCGUGGCUGAGGCGGCAGAAGCUCCUUCAGCUCCGUCAAUUGCAAAGUCGAAAGUGGCAAGGUCUGUCAGCCGGAAAGGAACGCGGGCUGCACGUGGCCAUGGCGCCGCAGACGAGGAGGAGCAGGAUGACGGCGAGGGCGUUGCAGUGGACGCGCAGGAGACUACAGAACGCGAGCCGACACAGAAGCCGACCAAGGAAGCUCCCUCGCUCGCACGUAGUGUGCGCGGACGGACAGAAGCAGCUAAGGUGGAGGCGGGUGAAGAGGCUCUCAUGGAUGCCGACAAGCAGAGCAGCAAGCAUGCAUCCACACACACAAGCAAGGCAGCAGAAUUUGGAGCGAAUGCGAGCGCACCUGGCGUUCGAACACGAGGCAAAACGCACGCCGGGACAGAAGAAGCGAGUGCCGACGAGGUCAAGAGCGGCUCAACGCCUAGCGACACGACUAGCAAAGCAACUGCGUUACAUGUGCCGUCAGAAACACCGGCCAGGGUCACGCGUAGCGCGAGCGGCGUGACGAAGCCUUCGCGCAGAAGUCUGGAGAGUGCUGCUUCGCUGGCCGCUGCCGAGGGCCCUGGCGCUGUUCCCCUUUCGCCAGACGCAACAAGGAGGAAGACCAAAGCUGCAAAGGACGAGCCGUGCCGCGAAAGGCAUAAUGACGAUGAAGAGGCUGUGCCGCUUGAUAGUCUGACCGAAAAGGAGCUGGAGCGCGCUGCGCAGGCUGGCAAAAAGGCUGUCAAGCCUCAACGAUCUGUUAGUUCCCUUAGAUCCAAAGCGCAAGCUGAGCAGGAACACACACCACGAGCGAUGAAGAGCUCUCAGCGGUCCGCUUCCAAGGCAGAGGCUGCGCGUUUGGAGACUGGCGAGCUGCAAGCAUCGGAUCGGAAAUUCGCGUCGAUACCGAGAAGAUCACCUUUUGCCAGCUUGAGCAGGCAGAAUGAACAGAGUAAGCAGAUGGGUUUGGACGUGCAGUCUAAUACCUGGCGAACAGCGCUCAAGAAGCUGGAGCAAUUGCCGACUUUGAUGCCGGAGGAUGAGAAUCUGACGGUGGAUGAGUGGCUCAAUAGGCAGAUGCAGGCGGCUAUCGAGGAGCUGAAAGCAGAGGGUCAGAUGAAGGUGGAGGCGCUGAAGAAAAGGAUAGAGGAACAGAGAAGAAUGACGGAGCUCAUUCUUCGAGGUCAGGUGCCUGCUGCUGCUGCUUCUUGA